CUUGUCAUUCCUUGGUAGUGCCCUACAUGCCUAUAGUAAACAUGAGCUUUAGAUCUUUCAGCAGACUUGUACAGAAGUCAACCAGACAACAUGUCCGGUGUUUCAGCCAAAUCAGUGGUUUAAAUGAUGUUGUGAUUGUGAGUGCUGUGAGGACACCUAUAGGGUCAUUCCUCAGCAGUUUGUCAGAACUCUCAGCCCCUAGACUGGGCUCGGUCGCCAUUAAGGAAGCCAUCAGCAGGGCAGGGAUUGAAGGUGAUGCUGUGAAUGAGGUGUACAUGGGAAAUGUUUGUCAGGCUGACGAGGGACAGGCACCAUGUCGUCAGGCUACCUUGGGAGCAGGUCUACCAAUCACCACACCAACUACAGCUAUCAACAAAGUGUGUGCAUCUGGUAUGAAGUCAGUCAUGAUGGCUAGUCAGAACCUCAUGUGUGGCCAUCAGGACGUUAUGGUGGCCGGAGGGAUGGAGAGUAUGUCCAACGUUCCCUACUACAUGACCCGUGGUCAGACACCUUAUGGUAAAGUCGAGCUAAGGGAUGGCAUCGUGUCCGAUGGUCUUACAGACGCCUACGACCACAUACACAUGGGUACAUGUGCAGAGAAUACCGCCAAGAAAUAUGCGAUUAGUCGAGAGGAACAGGAUGGGUAUGCCAUUAGGAGUUACAAACUCAGCCAGAAGGCUGCCUCUGAGGGGGUGUUUGAGAAGGAGAUUACACCUGUAGUAAUUCCGAAGAAGAAAGGUGAUCCAGUCACUAUCAGUACUGAUGAGGAAUACAAGAAGGUCAAUUUUGAUAAAUUUGCUUCACUACGGACAGUGUUCAAGAAAGACGGGACCAUCACAGCAGCCAAUGCCAGUACUUUAAAUGAUGGAGCAGCAGCUCUGGUUCUGAUGACAGCUAAGGCAGCGGAACAACAUGGGGUCAAACCUCUCGCCAGAGUCAUGGGUUUUGCUGAUGCAGCUAUUGCUCCAAUCGACUUUUCCACGGCACCUGCCCAUGCUGUCCCCAAAGUACUGGCCAACACUGGAGUGAAAAAAGAGGACAUAGACAUGUGGGAGAUUAACGAGGCCUUCAGUGUUGUCAUCCUAGCCAAUGUCAAAGAACUGGAUAUUGACAUGAACAAAGUGAACAUCCAUGGUGGAGCAGUCAGUAUCGGUCAUCCCAUAGGAAUGUCUGGGGCUCGCAUUACUGGUCACUUGGUCCACAAUCUACAGCCAGGACAGAAAGGAAUGGCCGCCAUUUGUAAUGGUGGGGGUGGUGCAUCAGCCAUCUUGAUUGAGAAGUUAUAACUGUCAACAAAGUUUGAAGAAAUGAUUGUGAUAUAAAACGACGUCACAUCCCAGUAGUACAGAGGACUUGUUAAGUGAUAUCAUUUCAGAGGUGCGGGUGAUUUUUAUGAUUGGUUUGUUAUAUACAUAUCUGUCUGCUGUACUCAGCAUUAGUGUGGUUGGACAGUGGUCUCCUUUACUAGACCAGUGUAUUCAGUGUAAAUAAUACAUACAAAUUAUGAAAACAGAAUCCUAUUUCAUCUUGUACAAACAUUCAUGUUGAUAGCCACACUGCAGUAUUACUCGAGAUCAUUUAGUUUAAUUUUUUUUCUCCUUAAUAUUACUUUCUGAAUUAAAUAUCACAGUUGACUAAAACUUAACCUGCUAUCAUUUAUUUCUACCUGGAUGUUGGGAAUACUCUACUUUACGAAUUUGCCUCUUCAGACAAAUCGUUGAAUACAUGUGCUGGUCUAGCAAUGACUUUAAAUUUGUUAAUGAUGAGCUAUUAAAGACAAGGACUCUGGAAGACUCAAAUACCGGUAACAAAAAUAAAUAUGGAUGCCAAAGUUAUUUUCGUACAGAUAAUCACAAGGGAUUUGAAUUUGUGAUUUACGGUAACAUUAUAUUUGUUAUUGUCAUAGGCAUUUUUUUAUCCUAAGCUUCUUCUUGGCUCUUUUUCUCUUUAUGUUUUAUUUAUCUGAUAUUUUGGGGGAAAAACGAUGUGCUAAUUUUAAUCUCUUUGAAAUAGGGAUAUCUUUCAAGUGUAUGUAACUAGAUACCAUGAUACAAGUAUUUAUGGAAAUCAAGACUUCAUUUACAACCCCAGAAAGAAAAAGAAUUUAGGUGGCACAUAGAACAAACAAGUAACAGUGAUUUAGGGAAAUAUUGAGCCAUGUAAUGGCACUGUUAUAUUCCAUAGAUCUGUUAUAAUAUCAGUGCUAAAUCGUUUUACAGGAAAUGUUUUGAUACAUAAUAUUAUGAUAUUAAAUGAUGAUUUGAUAUACAAUAA